GGUUCAGUGGUAGAAUUCUCGCCUGCCACGCGGGAGGCCCGGGUUCGAUUCCCGGCCAAUGCAACAGUCCCUUUUUAAAAAUUUUAUUUUUUGCAAUAUUAAUCAUGCAGUUAUGAGCCAAGCCGAGGGCUGCCUCCAUUAGCUCCCAGAGUCCGGAGCAGCUGCGGCGGGGUAACCUCAGCGCGCCGCGGAGCUCCACCCCAGCAACAGCAGCAAGCAGGAGGAGGAGAGGCAUCAUGGAGGUGAAAGAUGGAAAUGCAGCCCUUCUCAGCAAUUACGAGGUCUACCAGCUGCUGACGGAUCUGAAGCAGCGGCGGCGAGAGACGGGGAAAAGCAAGCAGAACGCCGGCCAGCAGAAUCUGAACACGAUCAUGUAUGAAACGCUGAAGUACAUAUCCAAGACUCCGUGCAAAUUCCAAAACCCCCAGGUUGUCGGAGAUUUCCUCGCAGCCAUGAAAACCCACAAGUUGACCAAGGCAGAGAAGCUGCAACUCCUCAACCACAGGCCUGUGACUGCCGUUGAAAUCCAGCUGAUAGUCGAGGAAAGCGAGGAGAGACUCACGGAAGAGCAGAUAGAAUCCCUGCUCCAGACGGUCACCAGCAUCCUGCCGGGAGACCCUGAGAAAGAGGCACAGCAGUCAGCCAUGGUCGUGGAGGAAGAAGGGGACCAGGCGUAGGACCGUCAUCGCCUGGACCAAAAUGGGCAGCUUUGCCCAAAGCUGCACACAAUAAAUAUGUGGAACUCACCACCACAAGAGUUGUUA